AUCCCGCUCUUGAGCCUGCGAAGGACAUCGCUCCAUCGCCAAGAAUGGCUCUGUGUACCCCAACCCUCCUCGUGUAUCCUCUACAUCGAACCCUAGCAUCGAUCUCCCCCAGUGGUUUCUUCCUCUCUUGUGCUCGAUUUCUUGGACUGCGUACCUGGGGAAGAUCCAUCAACGUGUUGAGGUCGCCUGUGGGUUCGAGAGUGAGCUCUAAGCGGUGGAAUAAUGGUAUAAUAUAUUUUUCGCUCAGUGAUGAUUUGGAUUCCGGUAAUGGUACGUCGGUGGAUGGAUACGUUAAGAAGAGAAAUAUCGUCGAGCAUAUUCUUCUAUUGAGAGCAAAGGAAAAUUUAUCUGAUGUUGAGGAAAAGGACAUGCUUGAUUAUCUCUACACAUCUCAAUAUCAGAUGAGUGGAAUAAUUGCAAUAUCAUUAGGUCGUAUAGAGUGCCCAAAUCUUGAUAAUUUUACUCAUGCAGUAUACAUGCGUUUCCAAAGAAAAGAAGAUCUUGCCAAAUUUUACUCAAAUUCCUACUAUUCCAGAAUUCUUAAGGAACAUGUCACUCCAUAUUGCUAUGGAUCAAUUUCUGUCGAUUAUGAAUCUGAAGUAGAGGAUGAUAUCAUUCCCAUAUUCCGGAGGGGAGAGGAGUUCAACUAUGGUGUUGAGUGCAUGCUUCUGAUAUCCAUUUCCAAGACUGCACCAGAACAUGCUGUAGAAGAUGCAUUAGCUAGUCUAUGGAACUUGACUCUGGAUUUUGGUUCAGACAUUGUACAGGCAACACAAGGUUGCAAUCUCAAUGUUGCAGAUAGUGAAUACACUCAUGCUGCAGUGAUGCGAUUUCCAUCAUUUGAAGCCUUCAAGAUAUUCACAGAAAGCCCCAUCUACAAGGAUAUGUGGAAGCUGAAGUUCCAUGCUAUCACGGGAAAAGCUCUUCUGCUACAUUUCCUUGUCGAUCCUGUAGGCACUGAGUUGAUGUAAGACAGACUACAUUGUUAUUUCAGGUACUGAUCAGAUCAGGUAAGUAUUCUGUGAAACAUAUUACCGUGUGUUCGGUAAUUGUUUCCCUCCAAGUGUAAAUCUCAAUGUUCUGUAUAUAAAUUUGAAUCCUUUCUUCUUUCCCUGCAUCUGUCUCAUUUGCAUGCCAAUAACAUUUAAGUUUUACAAACAAUGAACUUGCCUUCAUUUUUUCUUUUUAA